AUGAGAGACGCUUUGCCUGUUGAGACGAAAGUAGCAGCUAGUCUCUAUUAUGUAGCAGAUGAAUCUAAAUAUAGAAAGGUAAGUUAAUUAAUUAACACAACAGCACUUAUUUUUAUUAAUAAUAUCUGUAUUCUUUUGAAGGACAUGUGGACAAUGUGUUUUUGGGACUUUGUCCUGAAUUAAAAAAUUGCUACUAGUUGUCGGCCACACAAUUUGUUUGGCACAGACAGUUUCUUCUAUUAAUUUGAACUUGUAAUUUACAAAAUAUUGAAUUUGUUUCGCUAUAGAAAUCCCUUAAUUUAAAAAGUAUAGACUCUCACAGUACCAAUUAUACAUGUGUAUCAUAUGUCACUUUCUGUAAAUGUCCACAAUAUACACAUAGUACUAAUUAACCUACUAUGCCUGCAUGUGCCUAUUUUUAACUCUACAAACAUCUGAACCAUAGAAAUAUUAUGUCUAUUAUUUCUAUGAUCUGAACAUUGGCAAUGACAUGUCCCAAUUAGUUGUUAUGGUUCUUUAUGGUUGUUUAAUACAGGUUACUUGCACUAUGUUUAAAUUUCACACUAGCUCCAAAAUAUGGGCCCCCCUUGGACCCAUGAUAAUAUAUUUGUAGUAAACAGUCUUCAAAUAUCUUUUUUUAUCUUUUCAGGUUGCAAAUGCAUUUGGGAUUGGCAAAACAACUUUGUCAAAAAUCCUACGGUCUGUUUGUUUGGCUAUAGUAGAGCUACUUGGGAAAGAAUUCAUUAAAAUCCCUACUGAUGAGAAUGACAUAACCAGCCUAGCCAUUCAGUUUUAUACAGUUUUAUAUUCCCUCAAUGUAUUGGGGCUAUAGAUGGGACUCACAUCCGUACCAAACAACCGAAAGGAAAAUCGUCCGAGUACAUUAAUCAAAAGGGCUGUUACAGUUUAAAUGUCCAAGGAACUUGUGAUCAUAAGUAUUGUUUUAUUGAUGUGGUUAUUAAAUGGCCAGGCAGUGUCCACGAUGCCACCAUGUUUGUUAAUUCCCCCAUAUGCAAAAUGCUGAAGAAUGGAACCAUACCACCUUGUCCUAAAGUCAUUAUUGAAGGUGAACCAAGCAUUCCCAUUUGUUUGCUAGGUGAUCCCGCCUAUCCACUUAACACAUUCCUUAUGAAGGAGUAUGAACUUGGAGGAACAACUGAAGCUGAACAAUUUUUCGGGUUUAGACUUACGUCUGCACGAAUGGUCAUUGAAUGUGCCUUCGGACGAUUAAAGGCUAGAUGGGGUUGCCUCAAGGGAGUGGUUGAUGUUGAUUUAGAGUUUGUCCCAACUCUGAUUUAG